AGUCAACGAAAAGCAGACUUUUUUUUUUUUUAAUAAUCUCACAUCAUCAUCCAUCAGAGAGAGAGAAUGAAGGGGGGCACGAAAAGUCCGAUCCAGGCGGUGUGGUCAUGGGUGAGGAGGCAACCACCGAAGGUGAAGGCUUUUCUGGCGGUGAUCACUGGCAUGGCUGCUUUGGUUCUGCUGAGAUUCAUUGUCCACGAUCACGACAAUCUCUUCGUGGCCGCCGAAGCUGUUCACUCAAUCGGGAUCUGUGUUCUCAUCUACAAACUUAUGAAAGAAAAGACCUGCGCCGGAUUGUCACUGAAAUCUCAGGAGCUUACGGCGAUAUUUCUAGCUGUCAGGCUGUAUUGCAGCUUUGUGAUGGAGUAUGAUAUACACACCAUCCUGGAUCUGGCUACUCUUGGAACAACUCUCUGGGUUAUAUUUAUGAUCCGUUUUAAGUUAAGGCCUAGUUACAUGCAGGACAAAGACAACUUUGCUCUCUAUUAUGUGCUUGUGCCCUGUGUUGUCUUAGCUGUGUUGAUCCAUCCAUCCACCUCUCACAACAUAUUGAACAGGAUUUCUUGGGCAUUAUGCGUGUACCUCGAAGCUGUUUCAGUUCUGCCUCAGCUGCGCGUGAUGCAGAACACCAAGAUUGUUGAACCGUUCACAGCGCAUUAUGUAUUUGCACUAGGAGUAGCAAGGUUCCUUAGCUGUGCACACUGGGUUUUACAGGUUGUGGACACGAGAGGAAGAUUGCUGGUAGCAUUGGGAUAUGGAUUGUGGCCAUCAAUGGUUCUCAUCUCAGAGAUUGUUCAAACUUUCAUUCUUGCUGAUUUCUGUUACUACUACGUCAAAAGUGUAUUCGGAGGGCAGCUUGUUCUCCGUCUUCCGUCUGGAGUAGUUUAAAGUUACAAAGAUAGAAAACACUCCACUGGUGUAGCUUGCCCAAGUCAGGAAAACGCAGGCAGCUCCUUUACCUCUGCCCUUAUACAGUUGUAUGUGUCAGAAGGUGACUUUUGUUACGAAUUAAUUUUACUGUGUUGUAUAUUUAUGAUUCUUUAAGGUGGUUUUCACGUCUU